ACAGCUACGCCGCAUGCCACGUACAAGCCAUACAAGCCGCCCUUUUUGGUGCCAUAUUGUCGUCCAUGUGCCGAUGAAAGUCUUAUCCGCUUGGACGGAUAAACAGAGGGCGGCGGCUGAAGAUCGCUACCCCACAAAUGCACCACUCAGUCGGUGUAACAGUGGUCGCAUCACAUCAACGGGCAUGGGGACGGCACUUUGGAGGGGUACAAUACCAGGCAGGGCUACUACUUGCCAUUGAGCUAUAUAGCCAAGCGUGGGCAGCCAACGCUUUGGCAGGGCGCGAGGCGUUUAGGCUGACUCCUUUCCAGACCGCUCACAGCAUCUGCGCUCAUCUAUCGUGUGUGCUCGUGACUGCCUCGGAUGUCGAAAUGCGGUGUGGCAGACAAUUAAAUUACCAUAGCAGCCAUGUGCGAUUGGCUGCAGUAGUCAGCCCGCUUCGUGCAUUUUCCAAUAAUGAAGUGGGAAGUAUGGCCGGGAAGCACGGCUCUGACCGGUAGCAGCCAGCACAGCACGUCCUGUGACCUGCUGAGCUCGCGAAAAAGCUUUUUCGUUCACGCAUGCCAUGGGACACACGUUGAUUGAAGAUUUACCCGUCGUUCCAGCGGCUGCAAGGCACAACGCCGAGCUGGGAAGCUGGUGAAUGGAUUGUCGAAUAAAGCAGAAGGGGGGCGGGCUAUGAUUGGGUGAAUUUAAUUUGUUUGAACCUGGGCGGUGGAACGCCCAGGUGUGAGUGAUGAGUCUACGGCCCGCCCGCCCCAAUCUGAGGGCAGAACGAAGAGCGGACGUUUUGCGGUUUGUAGCAAUGGACGUCCCAGGGGGGGGGGAAAUGAGGGCUAGUAAGAUUGUUGCCAAAAAAUACAAGUACCG